ACCGGACUCUUUCACCUUAGCAACUGCUACAGCUGCCACAAUGUUUGAAGAGGAAGUUCCUUCGGCAACUGAGAAGGUUCUGAAGAUACAGAGGGUGUUCAUAAACCAACUGGACACCUACAGCAGCGGAAACAUAGGAAAGUUCCUAGCUAACUGUGUCGUGGGGGCUUCACUGGAAGAAAUUGCAGAAGAGGAAGAAGAAGAAGAUGAGCCAAAGUCAGCAGCCCCAGAAGCUCCCUCCACGAAGGUGAAGGAAGGCACGUUCCAGAUCGUGGGCACCUUAGCCAAGCCAGAAAGCGUCAGGCCAGACUUCGCUGUGGAGACCUAUUCAGCCAUCUCCAGAGAAGACCUCCUCGCGCGUUUGCUGGAGUGCGAUGUUGUCAUCUAUAACAUCACGGAGAACGUACAGCAAGCAGAGGAAGCCAUAUGGGCAGCCUCCGCACUGCAUGAAGAAACCAGCCAUUUUGAAAAGCGAAAGAUAUUUAUUUUGUUGUCGACAGUGAUGACGUGGGCGAGAUCCAAACCCCUGGAUCCUGACGACACGGAGGUCCCCUUUACAGAAGAGGACUAUCGAAGAAGAAAGCAUCACCUCAACUUUCAGGACCACAUCAAUGCUGAAAAAAUAGUUCUCAAAUUUGGAAAGAAUCCCAAAAAGUUUGCAACUUAUGUAGUCGCUACAGGACUUCAGUAUGGAGCGGAAGGAGGCAUCUUACACGCCUUUUUUAAGAUGGCUUGGCUGGGUGAGAUGCCUGCACUACCGGUUUUCGGAGAUGGAGCCAAUGUCAUUCCAGCCAUUCACGUUUUUGAUCUAGCAGGAGUGAUCCAGAAUGUCAUAGACCACGUGCCAAAGAUUCACUACCUGGUGGCUGUGGAUGAGUCUGUCCACACCCUGGAAGACUUUGUCAAGUGCAUCAGCAAAAACACCGGCCCUGGAAAAAUCCAGAGAGUACCCAAGGAAAAUGCAUUCCUGAUAAAGGACUUGUCGCAAGAGCAUCUGGACCACCUGCUAGUGAACCUGAGGAUGGAGGCGCUGUUUGUGAAGGAGAAUUUCAACAUCCGCUGGGUUGCCCAAGCGGGGUUUGUGGAGAACAUCAACAGCAUCCUCAAAGAGUACAAGCAAAGCCGAGGAUUAUUGCCAAUCAAGAUCUGCAUUCUUGGUCCUCCUGCUGUGGGAAAAUCCAGCAUCGCUGCAGAGCUCACCAAGUACUACAGGCUGCAUCACGUCAAACUGAAGGACGUGAUUUCUGAAGCCAUUGCCAAGCUGGAGGCCAUCGUGGCACCCAAGGAUUCAGGGGAAGGAGAAGAAGAAGGUGAGGAAGAGGAGGAGGAGGAGAAUGUGGAGGAUGCUCAGGAGCUCCUGGACGGCAUCAAGGAAAGCAUGGAGCAGAACUCAGGUCGCCUAGAGGAUCAAUAUAUAAUUCGAUUUGUGAAAGAGAAGCUCAAAUCUAUGCCUUGUAGGAACCAAGGUUACAUUUUGGAUGGAUUCCCAAAGACCUAUGAUCAAGCAAAAGACCUGUUCAACCAGGAAGAUGAUGAGGAAGAAGAAGAAAUCAAAGGCAAAAUGUUUCCCUUUGAUAAAUUAAUUAUACCUGAAUUUGUGUGCGGUCUGGACGCCUCGGAUGAGUUUCUGAAGGAGCGAGUGAUGAACCUUCCAGAAAGUGUUAUGGCGGGAACUCACUACAGCCAGGACCGAUACCUCCGGUCUCUCAGCAACUACCGGGACAUCAAUACCGAUGAUGAAACAGUCUUCAACUACUUUGACGAAAUUGAAAUUCACCCAAUACACAUUGAUGUAGGAAAACUUGAAGAUGCCCAGAACAGACUUGCCAUCAAAGAGCUCAUCAAAGAGAUUGGGGAGCCUCGGAAUUACGGCUUAACAGAUGAAGAAAAGGCCGAAGAGGAGAAGAAAGCCGCAGAGGAACGCCUGGCCAAGGAAGCUGCUGAGAGGGCAGAGCGUGAACACAAGGAAGCCGUGGAGAUGGCAGAGAAGUUAGCCCGCUGGGAGGAAUGGAAUAAACGGCUAGAGGAAGUGAAAAGAGAGGAGAGGGAACUGCUGGAAGCCCAGUCCAUCCCCUUAAGGAACUACCUGAUGACUUAUGUGAUGCCCACACUGAUGCGGGGGCUCAACGAAUGUUGCAAGGUGAGACCUGAAGACCCCGUGGAUUUCCUGGCAGAAUAUCUCUUCAAGAACAAUCCUGAAAUGCAGUAA